UCUAUUUCCAAGCUGAGCCAAACGCCCAAAGCUGCUGCUUGUGAAUACUUAGACAGGACUAGCCUGACUCGCGUCAACAGUGCGUGCACAAUAGUUAUAGUUCCUCGCUAACGAGCGGGCUGGCGCAACACAACACCAUCAAAACAAAAUCAUUGCUUUCAAUUCCUUAUUUGGUGUUAUCAGUUGGUUUUAGGGCAACCCGUUGAUUGUCGGUGGUUUCGUUUGUAUGGCGCCGGCUCGCCGAGCCGUUGCGCAGGGGCUGCGCCAGUUUGUGCGGAAUGUUGUUGAAGAGGCUGCACACGUCGGCAGUGGCCCGUCGACCUCUUACAACAGUCAGCUCGUGGCACAUGGAAUGCGCUACGCUCGGGAGCUGCGCGGCUGCACAGGCAUAACAGCAACGUUGAUAGGCCGAAGGGCUUACAGCUCGCGUGCUCUGCGUCGGGAAACCGAAUCAUUCAUGCGACAGUGGCGCGGGUUUAAGACAGUUGCGAUCGGCACGGGCGUCGGAACGGUGCAAAGCUCGCAGAGCCUGCUGACGGCACUGCUGCCGCCCGCGCUGCUAUGGCUGUUGUGCGUGCUGCCGUCAUCCUACCGCUCCUUCCUGCUUCGGCUCUGGGGCUAUGACCCCGCCUGCAAGGCGGGCGGCUUCGGCGGCACCGCCUCCGCCGACUCUGCCUCCCCCUCCUCCGUCACCAGUCCCAUCGCUGCCGCGCUCACGUGGCUGAUAGCGCAGCUUCACCUUACCGGCCUGGUUUCAGCGCUAGCAGAUGAGCUGGCGCUGGCGGCCCGCGCGCUCUACCUGUGCAUGCUCUUCCUGCCGGCGCUGGUGACGGCGCCGCUUGCGUCGCUGGGCGGCGCGGCGGCGCGGGAGCGUUGGCUGCGGCUGGUGCAGUGGACGCUGGAGAACGCGGGGCCGGCGUUCAUCAAGUGGGGGCAGUGGGCCUCCACGCGGCCUGACCUGUUCCCGGAGGACCUGUGCCUGCACCUGGAGCAGCUGCAGACGUCGGCGCCGGCGCACUCCGCCGCUCACUCCAUAGCCACGGUGCAGGCGGCCUUCGACUCGCCGCUGGGGGAGCUGUUUGAGGUGUUCUCGGAGCAGCCGCUGGCGUCAGGAUCUAUAGCGCAGAUUCAUGUGGCCACGCUCAGUGAAAAGGGCGCGGCACUGGUGGGCGGCGGCGCCACGGCGGGAGCAACUGUGGCGGUCAAGGUGCGGCACCCGGGCGUGACGGGCAUCAUGCAUCGCGACUUCAUCCUCAUGCAGCGCGCGGCGGCGCUGUGCUCGCGGCUGCCGGGGCUGGCGGAGCUCCGGCUGGAGGAGAGCAUCCGUCAGUUUGGCGGUCCGCUCAAGGAGCAGCUGGACUUGUCCGUGGAGGCCUCGCACCUGUCCCGCUUCAACGCCAACUUCAGGGCCUGGAGCCACGUGCGCUUCCCAGUACCGCUGUAUCCGCUGGUGAGCACGGACGUGUUGGUGGAGAGCUUCGAGGAGGGCGACCUGAUCACGCGCUACGUGCGCAGCCCGCACCGGCACAACGCCAUGCUGGCUCAGACGGGCGUGGACGUGUUCCUGACCAUGAUGCUAAAGGACAACUUCAUCCACGCCGACCUGCACCCGGGCAACCUUCUAGUGCGGCCCGCCGACCCGCCCUCCGCCGCGGCUGUGGCUCUGGCUUCCUGGCUGCCCGCCUCCUGGGCCCGCGCCCGCUCCUGGCUGGUGGACCGCUCGCCCGCCAUUGUGCUCCUGGACACUGGCAUGAUCGUGGAGCUGAGCAAUCAGGACCAGAAAUCUCUAAUGGGUUUCUUCAAGGCGCUGACGCACAUGGACGGCCGCCGCCUGGCGCGGGAGAUCCUGGCCAUGAGCGUGGACGGCAACUGCAAGGACCCGGUCCUGUUCGCCGCCGAGCUGGAGGCCAUGUUCGGCGCCAUGGACCGCGAGUACCUGCGGCGGGAGAGCCAGGCCGUCAUCCGCGACAUCAUCGAACACAUGCGGCUGCACCAGGUGACGCUGCGCAGCAGUGUGUCCACUGUGGUCGUGACGUCGCUGGUGCUGGAGGGCUGGAGCAGCAAGCUGGACCCGGACGUGCGCAUCCUGGACACCAUGCGCGACAUGCUGGGCACCGACAACUGGGCGGAGCGGCUGGGCGGCGUGGUGGACCGAGUGGUGGGCAGCGGGCAGCUGGGGGACGUGUAGGCGGGAGAGGGCGGAGGCAGGAGGCAGGCUGCGGCGCCACGGUGGUUCCCUGGGAGUCAGUCUGCGCUCACGGGAGGAGGCAGAGGAGGGAAGGCAUGCAGGCAGCGCUGCGGCGGCUGGGAGCAGGCGAGUCCAUGGGGCGGCAUCUGGCUGGCGACACACGGGGCAGGCGGCGUGGGUGGGGUGGCUCGGGGCUGGUUGGCCGCCGGGCGCGGGGCUCGGCCUGCUUUACCGGCUUUUGCGGCCGGCCGCGGGGCUCAGUCUGCCCUGCCUGGAGGCUGAAAGCAGCGGACGCGGAGGCGGUGGCGGCGGCCAGGCGACGGCCGCCUUGGUCCACCCGGGCCGGGCGCGCGCAGCCGGAGGAGUGCAAGAGCUGCGCGUUUGGCGCGGGAGCUCGCAGUCGCAGAUCGGGCGCGGGCGAGCAGCAGUUGACGGCAGGCCUGCCGAUUUCAGGUGCAAAGUUGGUUAUGAAGUCGGGUCACAUCGGUCGGUUGCCACGGGUUGAGAGCAAUAGCCUGUGGUGGUGGCCGCGGUUGGCUCGGGAUCUGGGGUUGUUGCGUCAUGGUUCUAAACGUGUGGGCGAGGUGUGAGUGCGGAAUUUAUGAUGUGGGUUUCCGUCUGGCGGCUGGCGGCGUGUCCGAUGUGGGUGUUAAAAGGUUUGGUCAAUGGUACCGUUGUUGCUGUGGUUAUAUCUGUGAGGGUUUGCAUAUAGUUCAGUCGAGCGGGUGGUUGCUGAGGGUUGCAGUUUCAGGUGUAUGCAAGGUGUGCACUUACCUCGUGAGGCGGAUCGUGUGAUCUGCGUGGUGACACGGUGCCCCGCGGUUCACAAGGGACAUUGCUCAGCGGUGUGCGCCGGCCGCAGUUUUCAGGGAGAGUCCAGGUCCUGUGUGCCAACACCCACUUGUUCGUGCGUGCGGCAGUCUAGGGUAGCACUGCAUGUGCGAUCAACUGACAUCAAUUUUUGUGCAGCUUUCUUGUCAAGACCGCUGCCUAGAGGUGUGAACCAGUUGCGAGUCCGAAUGACAAUUCAAUAGCGCGGUGUUUACGUCAGGGGUGGUUCACGUUGUGUGGUCAUAGCAGGAGCUGCCGCAGCCAGGAGGCCGACCCGGGCCGGACAGUGCUGGACUGGCAGCUGUCCAUAGAAGUCUGGAGGCAGAUAUUUCACUACAACCGUCCAAGCCCGUGUUGGAAGUGAGGUUAGGUGUCACAAAGGGGUGUGAGAGCCUGUGGAGCGUGUGGCGUGCUCGUUGCUGUGUUGGCGAUUUAACAGUACGGAAAUCUGGAUCCUAGAUAUGCGGCACCGGCCCUCUUGUUCUGAAAGGAAGUCGAGCAGGCUUUGCGCGGUGGGAAGUUGCGAUUCAGCGACGGAUAUUAAGGCCCCCCAGGCCCCCCUAGGCCCCACGCCUAGGCUGCACUGUGUCCCUGACAUGCAUCGACAGUGUCUGAGCACGAAGGCGACCGGAAUCCUUUGUAGUUUCUGGUGUUGAUCGAAAGUGCGUCUGUUUCUGGUGUAGAUCUCUCCCUCGA